UAGUAUAGUAAUGUAAAGUCAAGCGAAACUGUUUGCGAAAGUAAAAGAUUGGAUUGGAACCAUAGGCACACCGUAACUUUUAAUCACGGGUAUUGGCAACAGCACUUUCGACGAGCAGACUUACGCCCAAGAGCAAUGAACGAAACUGUUAAUAAUCCAAGCGAUAAAAUUUGAUUUCGUUGAAACUGAUUUUACACUGCGUUAAUGCAGGUAUAAUUUUAUGUGCUAAUGACUGUUAUAAAAUUAUGAUGCAAGUCACUCACUUAAACAAGCAUAUACUUACUCACGCUGGAGAGAAAACUUACGUGUGUGAAGUAUGUAAGAAGCCAUUUAGAAGUAAGAACCAUUUAAACAAGCAUAUACUUACCCACACAGGAGAGAAACCAUAUGUGUGUGAAGUAUGUAAAAAGUCAUACAGUCGCAGUUGGAAUUUACAGCAGCAUAUGCUUACCCACACAGGCGAGAAACCUUAUGUGUGUGAAUUGUGUAUGAAAUCAUUUAAUCACAAGUGUAAUUUAAUGCAGCAUGUGCGUAUUCACACAGAAGAGAAACCUUAUGUGUGUGAUGUAUGUAAGAAAUCAUUUAGAAGUAAGGGCCAUUUAAGCAUGCAUGUGCUUAUUCACACAGGAGAAAAGCCUCACAAGUGUGAAAUCUGUGAGAAGACAUUUAGUCAAAAGGGUAUUUUAUACAAUCAUAUGAUUAUUCAUACAGGAGAGAAACCUCAUGUGUGUGAAAUAUGUAAGGAGUCAUUUCGUCAUAAACACGCUUUAAACAUGCAUCGGCUUAUUCACUCAGGAGAGAAACCUCAUGUGUGUGAAAUAUGUAAGAAGUCAUUUCGUCAUAAACAAGGUUUAAAGUCGCAUCGGCUUACUCACACAGGAGAGAAACCUCAUGUUUGUGAAAUAUGUAAGGAGUCAUAUCGUCAUAAAUCCAGUUUAAACAUGCAUCAGCUUAUUCAUACAGGAGAGAAACCUCAUGUCUGUGAAGUAUGUAAAAUGUCUUUUAGUGAAGAAGUUAAUUUAAACAACCAUCGGCGUAUUCACAUGCGGAGAAGUAAAUGUAAUUUACGCAAGCAUAUUCAUACUAUUCAAGUAAAAAAUCAUCGAGUUCUGAUAGUAAGAUUAGUACAGUCAAAAGUCGUUAAUCCGGAAUGAUCUAUAAUCUGGACCUCAAAGCUAGAAACUUUCUGCGCAUGCGUCAUCGCAUAAUGCAUCCAUGCAUGCGCGUAAUACUUUUACGCCUGCGCAUAAUAUGUUUACGCAUAUGCGUUUAAUGUAUAACGGACGGUAUAAGCGAAACUAAAAUUAUCUAAUUAUCUAUUUCAGAUAAUGUUGCAGAUUGCGUUGUUCCUUAAUCUUUGAAUUAGA